UUCCGACCCUAAACGCCACGUGUCACAAAAUGACCUAAAUUACAUGUAAAUCCUAUAAAUCCAUAUGUGAGAAAUUGUGUCGUCGUUUCAAUAUCUGUACGCACACCAUUAAAACCCCUUCAUAGCUCAAUCAGAAAGGGGAAGAAACCCUUAAAACUCUUCCAUAUCCAAAUCUUUCCCAAUCAAUUUCUCAAUUACAUUCUACAUACACAACCCAAAACCCAAAAGAUCACAAUUUCAAAAAACCAGCCAUUAAUUUCUGGAUCUCUCUCUAGGUUCUGCUUCUGCUGCCUCGUCUGCGGCUCUUUGCUUGUCGAUAUUGGCUUUCCAAACAGUUGAGGGACUGAUUCUUUAAUUUAACUCUCUCGGUUCAUUUUUCAAUGGCGGAUUCGGAAAAUGCCGUUCCACCUUCUAAGAAGCGAGCUGCUGGAAGGGAACUCUCUCGAGAUAACCCAGGCCUUGAUGAUGAAGAAGAUGCUCUUGAAGAAGAGACCGGAACUUUCAAGAGGGCCAGUGAGGAGGUGCUGGCAACCCGAAGAAUUGUUAAGGUUCGCCGCCAGCAGCCAGCAUCUGGUCCUACUUCCAAUCCUUUUGCUGGUAUACAGUUGGUUCCUCCAACAGAAGCAAGCACAGUCCCUGCUGAAGUUACAGCUGCUGCACAACCUGCCAGUGAGAUAAGGGUUUCAGAUGAGGAGAAUAAGCAGUCAGAAAGCAAGGUUGAGCAGGUUGGUUCUGAAUCAGCUGCUGAUAAGGAGAAUGUUGUGAAGGAGAACAUUGAAGUUUCAGGUGAAGCAACGGAACCUGAGGUUGUACAUGAACCAGCUGUGGGAGAAAAUAAGACAAAUGAGGGUGAGACUGAAAAUGAGGAGAAGACUGAAAAUGAAGAUAACAAUGAUAACAAAAACGAAAAUGUAGAUCCAAGUCCGGAAGGUACUUCUUUGAGCUCAUUCCAACAGCUUUCGAGUAGUCAAAAUGCCUUCACAAAUCUUUCUGGAACUGGGUUUUCCACUUCCACCUUUUCUUUUGGGCUUAUUUCAAAGGAUGGUUCCACAUUGGGUACUGGCUCUGGUUCACUCUUUGGAUCAAAUAAUGAUCAGCCUUCUGGUCUUGGUCUCUCGAAUAAUGGAAAUUCUUCAAAAUUUGGCACAUCAGGGGCUCCAGUUGUACCUAAGAGUGAUGGUGGUGGUUUCCCGCCAAUGCAAGAGGUUGCGGUUGAAACUGGGGAAGAAAAUGAGAAAGCGGUUUUCAAUGCUGAUGCUGCGUUAUUUGAAUUUAUUGAUGGAGGCUGGAAAGAACGUGGUAAGGGAGAUCUGAAGGUUAAUGUAUCUGAAUCUGGGACUGAAAAGGCGAGACUUGUUAUGAGACUCAAGGGAAUUAGAAAGGUAAUUCUGAAUGCUAGUCUGUACCCAGACAUGAAGCUGACAAAUAUGGAGAAGAAAGGUGUAACAUUUGCCUGCAUGAACAGUAUCGAUGAAAAGAAGGAUGGGCUUUCCACCUUUGCUUUGAAAUUCAAGGAUGGUUCUAUAGUUGAGGAAUUUCGCACUGCUGUUACAGCACAUAAAGAUAAAGGUAAGGCAUCUACGGCUAUGAAGACUCCUGAAAAUUCUCCCAAGGCUUCGGAUGAUUGAAAUGGUGGCUCAUGCCGAUGCUCAGCAAGUUCUAUUUCCUGUCGUAAGUUUGUUCCAGUUGCUGUCCUUUACCCUUUUGAGAAGAAAACAAAGUCGUUUCAGAGUCCGGCAGUCCCUAAGCCCUUUUGUAGCAGAGUUAUAGAGUCCUGUCCAUUUUGUUGUAGUUUAAUUUCAGCCUAGUCUUUGAAAACUCAUUCUGGAUCAAAUCUUAGGUUCAGUCAAACUGCGUUAAGCUGUCUGGGAUGUUGAAUGCUUGACACAGUUUUAUAGUUGGUCCCGUGAUAUGCGAUGUGUUAAACUGCUGGGUCAGUCGGAUAUUAAAAAAUUUCAUGGUUAGAUUAAUCAUUAAUAUGAACUACUUGCCUCUCUGGGAAGUUAGCCCAGUUAA